ACGCUUACGUGCGUGACAUCACGCAGGGCGCGCACACGUUCUGCGGCGGUCGGUCCGCUAGGGAAUUGUUGAGCGCGCAUGACGUCGUUCCAUAGUGAAGCGACUGUUACAGUCAUCGGGUGCGCGCGUCCCUCCCUUCCCCUCCUUCUUCUCCGUGGCUCCUUCACUUCCGCUUUUCUGAUGGCUCAGACGGCGGCGGCGGUGGUGACGGCGGCCCUGGGGUCCGGUGCUGGAGGUUUACUUUGACGGACCAAAUUGCAGCAAAUAUUUUGCCCCGACUGAAAGAAGUUUGGAAGUAGGAUUUUAUUUAUUUAUUUUUUCUCUCCUGUAAGUGAGUUCAAACUGUACUUUGAACAAUAGUUAAAGCUUUUAAUGAUGAUGUGUGCCAUGCACAUACCUGAAUGAAACCAUAGUGGCUUAGAAGACAUGAGUUUGCAUCGCCAGAUGGGUUCAGAUCGGGACCUACAGUCGUCUACUUCCUCAGUCAGCCUUCCUCCCGUGAAAAAGGCACCAAAGAAAAGGCGGAUGCCAUGGGGAUCUAUAUUCCGCAAGAAAAAGGACCCAAAACGCAAAUCCAGGGAUCUCAGUGUUGGAGUGGAAGGGAUUGCCAGCAUAGAGAGCAUUCACUCAGAGAUGUGCACGGAAAAAAACAACAUAUUUGCUGCUGUAUUGAACUCUUCUGACAAUGGAGUGGUUGCCUGUGUAAGCAAGCAGAAUGGAGACUUUAUGGAGUGUCCCCUGUGCCUUUUACGGCAUUCAAAGGACAAGUUCCCUGAAAUAAUGACCUGCCAUCACAGGUCGUGUGCAGACUGCUUGCGCCAGUACUUGCGGAUAGAAAUUUCGGAAAGCAGGGUCAACAUCAGUUGCCCGGAAUGCUCCGAACGCUUUAACCCGCACGACAUCCGCUUAAUACUUAAUGACGAUGCGCUGAUGGAGAAGUACGAGGAGUUCAUGCUCAGGAGGUGGCUCGUUGCAGAUCCUGAUUGCAGGUGGUGUCCAGCUCCAGACUGCGGGUUUGCAGUGAUUGCUUUUGGUUGCGCCAGUUGUCCGAAGUUAACCUGCGGCCGAGACGGGUGUGGGACGGAGUUCUGCUAUCACUGCAAACAGAUCUGGCAUCCAAACCAGACAUGCGAUGCUGCACGCCAAGAGCGAGCCCAGAGCUUGCGCCUGAGAACCAUCCGCUCUUCUUCUAUCAGUUACAGCCAGGAAUCUGGGGCUGCAGCGGAUGAUAUAAAGCCGUGCCCUCGCUGUGCCGCCUAUAUCAUAAAGAUGAACGACGGGAGCUGUAACCACAUGACGUGCGCAGUGUGCGGCUGUGAGUUCUGCUGGCUCUGCAUGAAGGAAAUCUCCGACCUACAUUAUCUCAGCCCUUCCGGAUGCACAUUUUGGGGGAAGAAGCCCUGGAGCAGAAAGAAAAAGAUCCUGUGGCAACUGGGAACCCUGGUGGGGGCACCUGUGGGCAUAGCGCUGAUAGCUGGAAUUGCCAUUCCUGCCAUGAUAAUUGGCAUCCCUGUAUACGUGGGGAGAAAGAUUCACAAUCGUUAUGAAGGCAAAGACAUUUCAAAGCACAAGAGGAAUCUGGCCAUCGCUGGUGGUGUCACCUUGUCUGUCAUUGUGUCGCCAGUUGUGGCAGCGGUAACUGUCGGUAUCGGCGUUCCGAUUAUGUUGGCCUAUGUCUAUGGAGUGGUGCCCAUAUCUCUUUGCCGAAGUGGCGGCUGCGGGGUGUCUGCUGGCAACGGCAAAGGAGUCCGGAUUGAAUUUGAUGAUGAGAAUGAUAUCAAUGUUGGUGGAACAAAUACAGCUACAGAUGCCACGUCAGUUGCUGAAGCGCAUAACAACCCCAGCAUCGGAGAAGGAAGUGUAGGAGGGAUGACGGGCAGCUUGAGCGCCAGUGGGAGUCACAUGGAUAGAAUUGGAGCAAUCCGGGAUAAUCUGAGUGAAACUGCCAGCACCAUGGCACUGGCUGGAGCCAGCAUCACUGGAAGCCUGUCCGGAAGUGCUAUGGUGAAUUGCUUCAAUAGGCUGGAAGUACAAGCAGAUGUGCAGAAGGAAAGAUACAGUCUGAGCGGAGAAUCUGGAACAGUCAGCUUAGGAACAAUGAGUGAUAACGCCAGCACCAAGGCAAUGGCUGGCUCCAUACUGAAUUCCUACAUGCCUCUGGACAGGGAUAGCACCAGUAUGGAGGUGCAGGUGGACAUUGAGUCUAAGCCAAUCAAAUUCAGGCACAACAGCGGCAGCAGCAGUGUUGAUGAUGGCGGUGCAGCAAGUCACAGUAAUGGCGGCGGCUCUGCAGUUUGUCUAACCGAGAGCAAGAGCAGCACAAGCAAAUGGUCCAAAGAAGCCGCGACGGGUAAAAAAUGUAAAGGGAAAGUGAGGAAAAAGAGCAGCAAGAAGAUAAACGAGACGAGAGAAGAUAUGGACGCUCAGCUCCUGGAAAAGCAAAGCACCAAUUCCAGCGAGUUUGACUCGCCGUCAUUAAGUGACAGUAUCCCGUCAGUCGCUGACUCCCACUGCAGCCAUUUCUCCGAAUUCAGCUGCUCCGACAUGGAAAGCAUGAAAACAUCUUGUAGCCAUGGCUCCAACGACUACCACUUUCGCUUCACCACCGUCAGCCCCCUCCCUGAGGUAGAGAACGACCGCCUGGAGAACUCUCCUCACCCAGCUGCAAUGGUUACGGAUGUCUCCCCGCUGAGUUAUAUAGCGGAAGAGAACCCGUCUCACAAUGUAUCACACAGACAGGACGAGACCGGGGAAACGCAAGUGCAGAGUGCAAUCCAGACGGACAUCUAGAGCUCUCACUGCUGCAAUACUUCUCACCACUAGCCCUGCUCACACCCAAAGCUUCGACUCGACUGCAGAGUCAUCUAACGGAGCAUCGGACUAUAUCAGGCACCUCCCACUGUUCUGCUUCUUGCAAUGCAGUUUUAUUGAAGGACAGAAAGGUCCCUUUAUUCCAAAUUCUGCACCUGGAACUAACACCUAGUAUGGAGGACGUAGUUCUAUUGAUGACUCGUCCAUAUGCACGGAGAGCUUUCCUUCUAAAUUCAGUCGUUCACGCUGGAUUUAACUUCAUUCCAUGGUAUAAUGUUAUGUUUUUAAUCAAUUGCUACUAGAGGGUUAUGCAACGUACACGAAACGCGUCAGGAGGCAAACAGCCCUACGGAGGAGCAGGGUUGGGGCGAUUACAUUGAUUUUGCACAACUUGCUGAAAGGGCAACUGGGAAAAAAGAAGUUUUACCAAGUUCCGGCAUGACUUGGGCUCACUGUGUUCAGUAUCAUCAGAGUGACAUCCACUCGACAACAUUCUAGCAGGACAAACUGUCACCUUUGGGAUAAGACCACCCUCUGUUGAUUAUCGGUGCCUUUAACAAAGACUGGGGUUUAAGUGCCUGGUCCUUUGAGAGUUUAUUCUUACUGCUGGUUUUCCUUGAAGUCCUCCUGAGGGCUGGGGCACUGGGCAGAUCAAUGACUGUGCUAGAAUAUAGAUAAUACAACUGUAUCAGCCUACCAAAGACUCACUCAGGCUUCAGAGGAAAUAUAAUAAUAUAAUGACAUCUUUCUCCCCCCCCCCCCCCCCCGCAAAUGACUUCUCCAAUAGUAAUACAAAGCACAGUGCAGAUCGCCCGUCCACUGAUUUGUUGGCGGAUAAGAAAUCAUUUGCUUUUCGCUUACACGAGUAACUGCUAAUAUGGAUGGGGUCGGAACACCAGGACUGGUCGACUUUGCAGUGGGUUUCCCCUUUAACAAUGCAAAAAACAAACAUUGUCGCUAUGGAAACAGCCUUGUCCUGUUCCUUCAGUCUUGCCAAGAUGGUGCUACUUGAAUGUUCCGGAGUGUGACUGAAAGUCAAUUGCCAUGUUCCACAGGCCUAACCGUGAUUCUUCUUACCAGUUUAACCGCUUAUAACACUAGUGCCAGACCUAUUGGACAGAGCUUGUUCUCGUAUUUGUAAAUUUGUUUGCAAUAUUUUGCUGAAUAAUAGGCGUGUAUACUGCAUACCCGAAUAAAUGUCUAAAAGUG